AUGAGUUCCGGAAACUCACUGUUGCCGCGCGGCGGUUACCAGCUCACUCCAGAACAGCAGGCCAUCAAGGACAUCGCUGAAGCCACAAACGGUAAUCUUGCCAAGUACUUGAUGAUCGUCUGCGGCUCUGUGUCGGUCGCCGUUAUCAUCUGGAAAGUCUGCGAACGCAUCAUUCGACUUACUCGACAUGUUUCCUGCCUCAACAACGACAAACAGCGCUACUUCGCCAUUCCUUCGCAGAGGCUCGCGUCUCUGAAGCGCAACCUUCUCUAUGCCCCCGUCUUCAGCAAGCGACACAACCGUGAGAUUCAGCUCAGCAAGGCCAUCAACGUCGGUACAUUGCCUACUCGAUUUCAACUGCUUUUCCUCGCCGCCUACUUCAUCUCCAACCUCAUCUGGUGUGUUAUUGAUAUCGACUAUUCCGCCGACUUCUCUGCCGCCUGUGGUGUCAUUCGCAACCGUACCGGCGUACUUUCUACUGUCAACAUGGUUCCUCUGUUCCUACUGGCUGGACGAAACAAUCCUCUUAUCCCUCUCUUGAACAUCUCGUUCGACACGUACAAUCUCAUUCACCGUUGGUUCGGUCGUAUCGUCGUCCUUGAGGCCGUCGCUCAUACCGUCGCUCAUUAUGGCAAGAGUCAUUGGCAAUUUACCCCUCCCUCAGGCAAUUUCAUCCUGCCGGGCUUCGUUGCCACUUGCUCUUUUGUGUUCCUGAUGAUCCAGGCCUCUAGCCCACUUCGACAUGCCUUCUAUGAAGUAUUUAAGGCUCUCCACAUCCUCGCUGCCUGUGCCGCCGUCGUUGGUCUCUACUAUCACUUGUCUGCAUCCCCAGAACUGUACAAGUGGCUUUGCUAUUUGUAUGGCGUGAUUGUCCUCUGGAGUUUCGACAGAAGUGCGCGUCUGUGGCGUGUCGUUCGUUCUCAUGUUGGAGGCUCACGUUCCCGCACAAUUGUCGAGGCUCUUCCUGGAAAUGCUGUACGAUUGACAAUGACUCUAGCCCGUCCCUGGAAAGCCGCCCCUGGACAGCACGCCUAUUUGUAUCUGCCUGCCAUCAGCUACUGGCAAUCUCACCCUUUCUCAGUCGCCUGGUAUGACGGGGUAGAAGACCCCAAAAACGAGAGAUUGGCCAGUACCAACCAGGAUCUCUUGUCCAUGCAACAGCAGCGCAUCUCGUUCGUCAUUCGAGGCAGGACUGGCAUGACAGACAGUCUCUACAAAAAGGCAGUCUCAGCGCCCGGAGGAAGGUUCGAGACCAGCUGCUUUGCCGAGGGCCCUUACGGUGGCCACCAUUCUUUCGACUCCUAUGGCACUGUUGUUCUGUUUGCUGGAGGUGUUGGCAUUACUCAUCCAGUCCCUUACAUCAAGCAUCUCGUCGAAGGUUAUUCAGAGGGUACUGUGGCAACUCGGAGAAUCUUGUUGGUCUGGACCAUUCAGACUCCCGAGCACCUUGAGUGGAUCCGCCCGUGGAUGACGGAGAUUCUCAGCAUGGAUAAGAGAAGAGAUGUUCUUCGGAUCAUGCUUUUCGUCAGUCAGCCCCGAUCGACUAAAGAGAUUCACAGCCCUUCAUCAACUGUCCAAAUGUUCCCGGGAAGACCCAACAUCAACACUCUCUUGGGUAUGGAGCAAGAGCAUCAGGUUGGCGCCAUGGCUGUGACUGUGUGUGGUCCCGGUGCGUUGAGUGAUGAGGUGCGAUUGGCUGUGCGAAACCGUCAAGAUCGAUCUCACAUCGACUUCAUCGAAGAGGCUUUCACUUGGUAG